AGGAGUUCGCGUUGUCGUGCCGUCCCCAAUUCGAUUCCUUCUGGAAAGCCCUACCAAAUUAGUCUGUGGAACGAAAGCCAAAUCGAGGGUUUGGAGCGGAAGAUCGAAGCGACGGAGAUGAUGGACGACGCCGGCGGGAUCUUGGCCGCCGUCGUGUGCGCGCUGCUGGUCUUCGCCAUCUUUCCCCUCCUCCUCUGGCGCCGCCGCUCCGAUGCCGCCACCGCUGCCGGCGACAACCACCGUCUCCCGCCUCAGCCACUAGAGGGUGAACGGGUGGUGCGUGGCGGCGCUGCAGCGCGCCGGAUGCGUAGGAGGCCCGCAGCGGCGAGCUCUUCAGCAGCAUCCACCAGCCGUGAUGUUGCAGAUGACGAGGGUGAGACUGACGAGGAGGACGUCCAGGAGAAUAACAAUGCCCGCAGACGCUCCAAGAAGAAGGAGAAGAAAAGGCAGGAGAGAGAGGAGCAGCGUCAGGAUGAUGAUGAAGCGCCGCCACCACCAGUUGAUUCAAGGAAGGCUAAACAAGAUCGUUAUGAUGCAAUGAGAAGGAAGAAGGAUGAGGAGCGUGAGGCCCAAGAGAGAUUAUUGGAACAACAAGCACUGGCACGGAAAGCCAAGGAAGAGGAGGCUGCUGCUCUGGAAUUUGAGAAAUGGAAAGAGGCAUUUUCAGUUGAUGCUGAAGGGACAACUGAAAGCGAGACACAAGAUGAUGGCCAGGGCUUGCUCCACAAUUUUGUGGAGUACAUCAAGAAGCAGAAGUGUGUUCCGCUAGAGGACCUUGCUGGAGAGUUUGGAAUGCGAACCCAGGAUUGUAUUAACCGAAUUAUUACACUUGAAGGCAUGGAUAGAUUAUCUGGCGUGAUGGAUGAUCGUGGAAAGUUCAUAUAUAUAUCCAUCGAGGAGAUGCAGGCUGUUGCAGAUUACAUCAGGAAACACGGGAGGGUGAGCAUAUCACAUUUGGCCAACAACUCGAACCAAUUCAUCGAUCUGGAGCCAAAGCCUGUGUACGACGAGAAUGAGGAGAGCCAUCAUCAAGAUGAAAGCGUGCCCCCGCAGGCGCAGACCCAGAUCCCCGCUGAGAGCUCGUGAUCGAGAUUACUGUCCAAGCAACAUAGCACAUACCCCUUUACUUGCUUUAUGCGCGAGGCCAGGUGUCUUUGUUAGUGAUGUCGAAGUUGAUGCUAACCUUGGUUGACUAAACUAGUGCUGAUGGUAGUAUUAUGAAAGUUUUCAUAUAUUGCCC